UGUGCUUUUGUUUUCUCAUUCCAAAUUGUGUGUGUGUGUGUGUGUUUUGUUUUUUUUGUUGUUGUUGUUUUUUGUUUUUUGGACAGGCAGAGUUAGAGAGAGAGAGAGAGAGAGAAAGGUCUUCCUUUUUCCGUUGGUUCACCCCCUAAAUGGCCGCUACGGCUGGCGCACUGCGCCAAUCCAAAGCCAGGAGCCAGGUGCUUCCUCCUGGUCUCCCAUGCGGUGCAGGGCCCAAGCACUUGGGCCAUCCUCCACUGCCUUCCUGGGUCACAGCAGAGAGCUGGACUGGAAGAGAAGCAACCGGGACAGAACCAGCGCCCCAACCAGGUCUAGAACCCGGAGUACUGGUGCCGCAGGCGGAGGAUUAGCCUAGUGAGCUGUGGUGCUGGCCUCCAAAUUAUGUUUUAGCUUCUGUUGCCACCUUGGUGUUAAGAAAUUAGUGAAUUGAAUAGUACUGUAUCACUUCCCUCCUUGAAGCUUCUAAGAGUCAUACUGCUAACUAUGCUUUUAAAGUAGAUCACAUUAUUAUAGCUGAUUCUUACUGAUACACAGAAAGUUUGCUUUUGCUGAAAAUAAUUGGUCUUUUUCUUGUAAUCUCAGAUGUCCUUAUAUAUGGCAGUAGAACUAAAUCAGGCCUCAGCUAUGAAUAUACACUGAUUGGUACUUUCCAGACAUUCAGGGGGCAAUAGUGAGUACAACAAGGUCCCUGCCUACUAGGGUUGUUAUUUUCAUAGAGGGAGGCAGUCUAUAAACAAGAAAGACCCCCACCCCAAAAAAAAAAACAACAAAGACUUAACAUGGUUCUUACCGUGUGUCGGACGCUCAUCUAAGAACCUGUAGCUCAAUUAAGCCUAACAGCAACCCCAUGAGAUAUGAAUUGUAAUCACCCCCAUUUUAAAGGUAAGGACACUACAACGCAGGUGGCAAAUUACUCUUGAGGAAAAUAAAGCAAAGCAGGGUGUCUGGGGAGUGGUAGGAUGGGUGUGGGAGGCCGUCGUUUUGUACUGAGGAGGUAAAGGAAGUUCCUCUGGUGGGGUGAAGUAGAAACAUGAAGGAAGUAAGUGGCAUCCAUGACUGGUGGAGAGCGUUCCCAGAGAAGGCACAGCCAGACUUCUAAUUAAGAGUUUGGAGGUGUCCACUUGUACUCUCAGCUGAGUUUGAUCAAAUUUGUACUAAGAACAGAAAGAUCCUGAUCUUUUUCUGGGAAGUAAAGACAUUAAAAAAAUUACUGCUUUUCAAAUCAUAAAAGAUUCAAACACUAAGAGAUUUCUAUAGAGGAAAAGUGAAAGUUCUACAUCAGGUCCCUCUCCAGAAGUAAAAAAUGUUUGUUAUUUAUUCUUCCCCUUUCCUUUGCUAUGCACUGUGCUUAGCAUAAUUUGAAUGAUACAUGUGUAUUUUUUACCCUUAAAAUAAUGCUUUGUUUUGGAGAGUCUUUACAUUUUAAUGCUCGAUAUUUUCUAAAAUAGGUGUACUGUACAUUAUUUAACUUUUUCUCUUGAUGAAUAUUUGGAUUAUUACUUUUUUGGUUAUAAUUAGUAUUAUACUCUCUACUAUUGUAUAUUUGUUUUCUGAUUACAUGAGGUGUUUUUAUUUCUUAAAGAUUUAUUUAUUUAUUUGCUUAUUUGAAAGGCAGAGUUACAGUGAGGCAGAGGUGGACAGAGAGAGGUCUUCCAAUCUCUGGUUCACUCUCCACAUGGAUGCAACAGCAGGGGCUGGGCCAAUCUGAAGCCAGGAGCUAGGAGCUUCUUCUGAGUGUUCCAUGCGGGUGCAGGACUUGGGUCAUUUUCUACUGCUUUCUCAGCCAUAGCAGAGAGCUGGAUUGGAAGUGGAGCAGCCAGGACUCGAACCAGUGCCCAUAUGGGAUGCUGGCACUGCAGGCAGCGGCUUAACUCGCUACGCCACAGAUUUUUUUUUUUUUUUUUUUUAAUAAGAGGGAUUUCUAGAGAUAUGAUUGUUGAGUCAAACAGAAUGGACAUUUAAAGUUUUGAUGGAAUGAACAUUUUAGUGUAGCAGAUUAAGAUGUCCACAUCCCAUAUGGGAGUUACUCUUUUGAGUCCUCUUUACUCCACUUCAGAUCUGGCUUCCUGCUGUGAUGCUUGGAGUUAGCAGUUGUGGCUCAUGUGUUCGAGUCUCUGGCUCCCACAUGGAAGACCUAGAUGGAGUUCUGGGUUCCUGGCUUAGGUCUGGCCCAGCCCUGGCAGUUGGAGUGAACUAGCUGACUAGCUGAUGGAAGAGUGAUCUCUCUCUGUCUCUGUCUCUCUCUAUCUCUGUGUCACUCUGCUUUUCAGAUAAAUAAAAAUAAAUAAACUUGAAAAUUUUUUGAUAGAUGUUAUCAAAUUGUUUUUAUAAAAUGGUAUUGCAAAUUUAUACUGUCACCUGAAGUUUCUAUAAAUGUCCAUUUCUUUGCACUCUUAUUCAAACUGCCAUUAAGGUUUUUUGAAUGGGGCUAGUACUGUGGCACAAUGGGUAUGUGCACCAGUUCUAGUCUUGCCUGCUCUGUUUCCAGUCCAUCUCCUUGAUAAUGCACCUGGGAAAGCAGCAGAAGAUGGCCCACGUACAUCCUGCCUUACCCCAACAUGGGAGACUCAGAAGAAGCUCCUGGCUCCUGGCUCCUGGCUUUGGAUCGGCUCAGCUCCAGCCACUGUGGCCAUUUCAGGAGUGAACCAGCAGGUGGAAGAUUUCUCUCUUUCUCUGCCUUUCAAAUAAGUAAAUAAAUAAAUCUUUAAAAAAAAGAUUUUUUUGCAUACUUGAUGCAAGUCUAAAUGAAGCAGAUUUAAUUGAUUAUGUUCUAUUUAGGCAUGAUCAGAAUAUAUGCUUAUGUAUUUUAUGCUGUUGAUUUUUUCAUUUUUUAAAAAAGCAUCAGUUGAAACUAUACAUUGUUUUUCAAAGAUUUAUUUAUUUAUUUGAAAGGCAGAGUUAACAGAGACCAAGACACAGAGACAGUGAGAGUGAGAGUGUGAGUGAGUGAGUGAGAGAGAGAGAGUGGGGGGGAGGGGGGCUUCCUUCUGCUGGUUCACUUCCCAAUUGGCCGCAACAGCCGGAGCUGCACUAAUGUGAAGCCAGGAUUCAGGAGCUUCCUCCGGGUCUCCCACUUGGGUGCAGGGGCCCAAGGACUUGGGCCAUCUUCCACUGCUUUUCCAGGCCAUAGCAGAGAGCUGGAUCAGAAUAGAGCAGCCAGGUCUCGAACCAGCACCCAUGUGGGAUGCUGGCACCACAGGCUGUAGCUUUACCCACUAAGUCACAGUACUGGCUCUUCUUUGUACACUUUUAAGAAAGGUAUUUUAUUAAUUUGAAAGGCAGAAUUACAGAGAGAGAGAUAGAGAUACACACACAUACACAGUGAGAGAAAGAGAGAUCUUCCAUCUGCUUGUUCACUCCCCAUGUGGCUGUAGUGGCCAGGGUUGAGCCAGACCGAAGCAAGGAGCCAGGAGCUUCAUCCGGGUCUCCCACAUGGAUGCAGGGGCCCAAACACUUGGACCAUCUUCUGCCUUCCCAGGCACAUUAGCAGAGAGCUGGUAGGAAGCGGAAUAGCUGGGACUCAAACUGGUAUCUAUACUGUAUAAUGGCAUUGCACACAGUGGCUUAACCCACUAAGCCACAACACCAGCAUCCUAUGCUGUUGAUUUUUUUGGUGGCCUAGUAAGCGCUCAACUUUUAAGCCAUAUAUUGAUUAUAUUAUGUGUUAACAUGUGUGUAUGUGCCUGUGUGUACUAUUAUAUAGAUUUUUAUGUUCAAGUUUAUUAAAACAACAUUUUUAUUUGAGAAAGAUGUGAAACUUCACAUUAUGCAUAUAGAAGUCAUUUUCUCAUGACUUUGAUGUCCAUUUUGCAUAAUAUUGUUUUAGACUAUGUUGUUAGAUGCAUAAAGUUUUUGUGUUAUGAUAACUUGAUUAUUGGUACAUUUUCUCAGCUUCCAUUUGAUGCUGUUCCUUUCUAAUUUUUGUGAUGUUAAUAUUGCCAUAUUUACUCUCCUUGUUUUAAGAAAGUUUUAUGUAUUUAUUUAUUUGAAAGGCAGAACAACAGAGAGAGAGAGAGGGAGAGAGGGGGGAAGACAAAGAUCAAUCUUCCAUCUCCAAAUGGCUGAAAUGGCUGGGGCUUGGCCAGGUUGAAGCCAGAAGCUUCUUUUGCGUCUUCCACAUGGGUGCAGGGGCCCCAGGACUUGGGCCAUCUUCCACUGUCUUCCCAGGCACACCAGCAGGUAGCUCGAUUGGAGGUGGAGCACCCAGGAUACAAACUGGUUCCUAUAUGGGAUGCCGGCACUGCAGACAGCGGCUUAACUUGCUGUGCCACAGUGCCAAUCCUUAUAUUUAGUCUUUUUAAGUUUGUAAAUUUGCUAUUUAAGUAUAUUCUUUUAAGAUUUUACUACCAAUAGUUAGGUUAAUUAGUAAUCCGUAUUGUUCACUGAGAUGAGAACACACUCAACUAUCUGUCUUCUUGUUUCCUCCCUCUCAUCUACUCCCUUCAAGAUCAUCUGUGAGUCUGAUGAUGGUAAUUGUGUUUAUCCUUAAGGAAGCAUCCAGCCAAAGUUCUGUGACAUUUAUUUACCUCUUACUCUAAUGCACCAUGACUAUGAAUGUUUUUAUACUUUGAUUGUAUUCAUAUCUCCACAGAAAUAUGUAGUAUUAUUUGAUGUUUGAAAGCUUUAUAAAUAUUAUAGUAUUUAAAUCUUAUCUUUUUAAAUUUUUAACUCAACAUUCUUUGUGUAAUUUUUUAUUUUGAGAAAGUAGUAGUUCUUUUAAGCUUCAACUCUAGUCAUUCUUUGAAUAUCUGAAAAUGUCUUAUAUCUGUUCUGUCUCUCUGGAAAUAUUUAGCAUUUUCUAUUUAGUUUUCUAGGAUUUUUUACAGAUGUGUGUAAAUGUGGGUGUUCACUCAAGAUGUCCUCGUUUGUCAUAAUCUGUUCUUGUCUUAAGAUGCAAUAUUCUCUAAAUCUCUGUGAGAUAAUAAUUAUACUUUAAGUCUUCUUUUUUUUAAAAUUCAUUUUAUUCCUUGGAUAUUAAUUGUAAUUUUCUUAAAAAGAGAGGUUGAGUUUUUUACUUUUCUUUCUUGAUGUUGCUUCUCCCAAAUGUUUGAUGACUUCAUUAGAAUUCCUGCACACUGAGCUAGGACUUUGUCUUAUUCACCUUGAUGCGUACUUGUAAAAUUUAUGUUUUUGUAAUGGUGCAUGAUAUCCUGCUUGCUUUUGCAUUUAAUAAUUAAGUGUUCAUCUAUUGAUGAUUGUAGGUUUUGUUAGGAUAGCCUUUAUGGAUUAAUGAAUGAAAAUCAAAAGGUAUCCUAGUCUGGAUGCACUAGUUUGUCUUUUGACAACUUUUGAGUUUUAAGAAGAGUGAUUGUAGAUUCAGUUAUGGUAAUGAGUCUUCACACUGCCUUUGUGAAGACUAUUACAAACAUUUGAUGGACUCUCCCAUUGUUUUGCUUAUUCUUAACAAAUCCCUGUAAUACUGGAAAUACUUUGACUACAAUCAGUUAUGUUCUGUAUUUGAUUAGUAGAUUUUUUUAACUCCAGAUUUUUGGGAACAAGUUGAUGUCUAAUAAAUAAAUUUAAUUUCUUCAGUUUGCUUUCGUAUAUCACUGUUUUAAUUGUGAUUUUCCUUCUGCUGUUGUUUGAUUCUGUGUCCUAAAGGUAGGAAAGAAAUUUCACAAGUUAAGUAAAUAUGUUCAGUGUUAUUUACUUUUUUUUUUUUUUUUAAGGACAUUAGUGUCUUUGUUUUGGAUAGAUGGAGGAAACUGUAGAAUUUCUGGCAUAUUUCUUGGCACAUGGAGUGGUGCAUUAACUAUUUUCAUCCUAUUGGCUAGAAUUUUUUUUCUAGUGAAAGUGUAGAUUGCCAGAUGGUAGUCUAAAAGAAGAAAAUAGCAAAUGUAACUAGGGUUUUAUUUCCUUGAGCACACACAGAAAAGUAGCAUGCAGUAUUUUUAGAACGUUCUCUCUUUCUAGCAAUCGACACACUUCUGUCUCAGCAUUGUGAAGGAUAUUGAUUUUUAUCUGCUCCCUACUUGCUCUGAUCAGUGUUUUGUUUCCUGGUGAACACCAAUGGCUUUUUACUCCUCUAUAUCUUGUUUGGCAGAAUACUUCAUAUUCUAUUUCACAUUCUUCCGUUUGCAUGGCAGUGUUUAGCAUUUACCCUUGAACUCUAAGUUAACUUCUGCACUUUAAUUCUGCCAAUUUGCCAAUUCACCUGUGACCUUAUGUUCUCUAGACUGGGGUUAGUUUUGCUCCACAAGGGACAUUUGUCAAUGUCUGGAGACACUUUUGGUUGUCACACCUGGGGAACUACUGGCAUCUAGUAAAUAGAGAUGCUAUUACACAUCCUACAACAGAUAGGAGUUCCACCACAACAAAGACUUUUUUGACCCCAAAUGCCAUUAAUGUCAGUGUUCAGAAACUGCCAUAUUCUGACUCCUGAAAUCAAGCUCUCUCUGCCUUUUCCCUUUGUGUGUUAGAGCUAACAAACUUCUUCACACUAUUUUUAGGCCAGCAAAUGAGAAAACUUUUACUAUGUCACAAGCCACAGUCUGAACCAUUCCAAGUUUUAACAUUGUUAGAAUAAGCAGAAUAAAUGGCAAAGUCAGAGAUAAAUGUUUGUUGUUAUACUUUUCUCUUUUUCUGUAAGAAGAACAUGAAGAAUAUGUUUUCAAACAGUGAUGGAAAAUUUCAUAGAUAUCAAGCCUUUCUUGUAUUUAUAAGAGAAAAGAGCUAAGGGAUAUAUAAUCAUUAAGUGUAAAUAAUUAUUACAUCUUUUUAAAAGCUAAAUUGUUAUGCAAUAGAAAGUUAUUCUGCCAUGAGAAAUAUCAAUGAACAUUGGUAAUAACAUGAAAGUGCUCAUAAUAUUAAAUUAAAAAGCAGAAGACAAAUAUAUUAUAGAUAAGAAGCUAUUUAUUCUUUAGCUGUUUUCUUGUUGUUCAAACAUAUACGUUCUUACUGUUUUUCUCCUAGAAAUAAAGCUGUCAUAAAUUUUAAAAAAAGUUAAAUUGUUUUUUCUCUUCACGGUUUAAGUUACACGAGUCCUAGUAUUGGUUGUGUUUCUUCUCACCUUUUUAUAAGGAUAAAAUAUUCUAUAGAAAUCUGGAGAAUUUAAACCAGGCAGAAAUGUAUUCUACUAAUAGCAGCAUUUUCCUAUAAAAUAUAGUGAGGGAGAAGUAACCAUGAAAUAGUCACCCUAGUUCUAGUAGAACUUAGGAAAUAAAAUUUAUAAACUAACUUGGUUUCUUUCCGAUGGCUAUAUAUUGUUAAAUAUUUAUUCUAAAGUAGAAUUAUUGUUUCAGCUUAAGAAAGUCAUCAAUAUGGCUCUUAGUCACUGAAGUAAAACCAUAUAAAUAUACCCAUAUACCUCGCAUAAAGUAGUAUUAGCUGUUUUUUAUUUGUGAAGUGCUAUAUCCUUACCUUCUGUUCUUCUGUAUUGCAGCAAGACAGUUGAAACUCACCUUCGUGGGUUUUUUUUUUUUUUUUCAAGAUUUAUUUAUUUGAAAGAGAGUUAUAGAGAGGGGGGAAGAGAAAGAGAGGCAGAUCUUCCAUCUACUGGUUUGCUGCCCAGAUGGCCACCAUGGCCAGCACUUAGCCAGGCUCAAGCCAGGAGCCAGGCAUUUCAUCAGGUCUCCCAUGUGAUUGGCAAGGACCCAAACACUUCGGGCAUCUUCCACUGCCUUUUCCAAGCCAUCAGGCAGGAGCUUGAUGGGAAGUGGAGCAACCUGGACAUGAACGAGUUCCCGUAUGGUUUGCUGACAUCACAUGUGGCAGCUUUACCUGCUGUACCAUAACCCCAAAACUCUCUUUAGUUUUUCUUAUUGUGGUAAAAAAAAAAAAAAAAAACACACACAAAAUUUUCCAUCUUAAUCAUUUUUAAGUGUUAAGUAGUAUUAAUUAUAUUCUUAUUGUUGGGAAGCAGAUCUCUGGAAGUUUUUCAUCUUGCAAAUAUACCCAUUAAACAGAACUCUUUUUCCCUCUUCCCUCUGCUCCUGGUAAUCACCAUUCUUUUUGUUCUUGUGAAUUUGUAUUGAUGUCUGCCAGGGCUGCUGUAACCAAAUGCCACAGUCAGGAUGCUUUAAACAACAGUUAUUUACUCACAAUGUGGAGGCUAAAAGUCCAAGGUCAAGGUGCUGUCAGGUUGGUUCAUGGUGGAGGCCUCUCUUCUUAGCUUGUAAGUGGCUGCCUUCUCUCUGUGUGCUCACAUGGCCUUUCCUCUUCUCAUGGAGAGAGAGAGAGAGAGAGAGAGAGAGAGAGAGAGAGAGAUAUUUCAUGCCUGUUUCUCUUCUGACAAGGAUGGCAGUCCUAUGGAAUUAGUGGAAUUAGGACUGCAUGCUUUGAUCAUGGUUACUCUUAAUUACUUUCUUUAAGGUGGGGGUUAGCUCCAGCAUACCUGGGGUCUUCAAAGAGUUCACAGAAAAUGCAUAUCCUGGAACAAUAUGCAUGGAUUUUAAAAAAAAUUUGCAAACAAGUAGAUUUAUGUCAACUAGCUGUAACUCGUCUCAACAGGUUCUAGUCUGACGUACUAAGAAGGUUAAGACAGCAUUUGAAAGAUCCCCUGUCAGAGCAGCAUGAAUUUUUGCUAAAACUGAAGCAAGAACAAACAUCCAGUUUGGUGUGGAUGGAGAAUAGUGAAAUUAUUGGUACUUUAUGAAAAGUUUAUGGGGAUAAUGCCCGAAAGAAAUCAGCAGUUUACAAGUAGAUAACUCAUUUUUUUUUUUUUAAAGUUUUGUUUAUUUGAGAGGGACAGAGAGAGAGAGUGUGUGUGUGUGUGUGCGUGUGUGUGUGUGCAAACACAUGCAUGCUCUCCUUCCCUUCUGCUGGCUCUCUUCUCAGAUGGUUUCAACAGCUGUGACUGGGCCAGACUGAACCCAGGACUCAAAAACUCCAUCUGUGCAUCCCAUAUGGGUGGCACAAGGAACUCCAGUACUUGAGCCAUCACUUGUUCCUUCCCAGGCACAUUAGCAGGAAGCUGGAUCAGCAAUGGAGUAUCUGGGACUCCCGCUGGCAUUCUGAUACAGGAUGUAGGUGUCAGUUGAUGACUUAACCUGCUGUGCUGUGACACCACAAGCACAGCUUUUCAUAGAAAUUUUAAACAACUUGGAACAAGAUCUUGAAGCAUUUCUUCAAAGAAUUAUAACAGGAAACGAGGCACAGCUUUGCCAGUAUAAUGCUGAAGACAAAGUACAAUCAAAGCAGUGAGUUCCAAGAAGUACAGUGUGUGUGGGGGGAGCAUGUGGUGAAUAGAGUUAAGCCACCGUUUGCAACUCCCACAUUUCAUAUUAGAGUGCCAGUUUGAAUUCUGGUUCUUCACUCCAGAUGCAGUUCCCUGCUGAUGCUGCUCAGAGGCAGCAGAUGGUGGGUUAAGUACUUGAGUUCCCGCCACCCAUGUGGGAGAUGCAGGUGGAGUUUCUGGCUCCUGGCUUUGGCCUGGCCUAGCCUGGCUCUGACUGUAGUGGGUAUUUGUGAGAGUGAAGCAGUGGCUGGAAGAGAUCUCUCUCUCUCUCUCUCUCUCUCUCUCUCUCUCUGUCACUGUGCCUUUCAAAUAAAUGAAUCUUAAAGAAGUGGAGUGGGUGGUCCUUUUCAUGUCAUAGCAAACUACGUAAAGAUAAAGGUUGUGGCACCAGAUUUUUGAGAUACUCAAGGCAUUUUGUGUAUUGAUUCCCUCAAAGGCCAAAGAGUGAUAAUGUCUGCUUUGUGUGAGUGUGUUUUAAGAAAGUUUGAGAAAGCUUCACCAGAGAGUCCUUCACCACUGCAAUGUUUCUGCUCCUUUUUGUCAUGAGAUAGGGACGAUUUUGCCUGAAUUUCAGUGGAAAAUCAUUAGGCAUCCACCUUACAGUCUGAUACGGUCCUGAUCAUAAAAACAUUUUGAAGGACACUUAUUUUUUGGUCAGCUAUUAAUGUAAAAAACACUGAGCUUACAUGUUUAAUUUCCAGGACCCCCAAAUCUUUAGAGAUGGACUAAAUGGCUGGUAUUAUCACUUAAUGAAAGUGUCUUCAGGGGUAGCUUUAUGGUAUAUCAGGUGAAACCUCUGCCUACAAUGCCGAUAUUCACUGAGAUCCCAGUUUGUGUCCCAGCUGCUCCACUUCCAAUCCAACUCCCUGAUCAUGGCUUGGGAAAAGCAGUGGAAGAUGACCCACGUGUUUAUACCUCUGCCACCCAUGUGGGAAGCCUCGAUGAUGCCUCUGGCCAUUGUGGCUAUCUGGGGACUAACCCAGUAGGUGGAAAAUCUCUUUAUCUCUUUCUCUUUUUCUCUUUGUCUCUCCCUCUCUCUGUAACUCUGACUUUCAAAAUAAAUAGUUAAAAUCUUUAAAAAAAUAUAAAACAACAAUAGCAAAACCAAAAGUGUCUUGCACUUGAUGGAACUUCCAUUGAGAAUGAAGUUUUUAGUUAGUUGGGCCAAUGGGGUAUCAAUUUUGUUUAUUUUUUCAAAAAACCAGCUCUUCAUUUGGGUGAUCUUUUGUAAUGUUUUUUUUUUUUUCUUUUGGAUUCAAUUCUGUUGAUUUCUUCUCUAAUUUUAAUUAUUUCUCUUCUGCUACUAGUUUUGGGUCUGGUUUGCUGCAGUUUUUUAGAUCCUUGAGAUGCACUGAUAGCUCAUUUAUUUGGUGCCUUUCCAAUUUCUUGAUGUAGGCACCUAUUGCUAUAAACUUUUCUCUUAACACUGCUUUUGCUGUAUCCCAUAAGAUUUGAUAUGUUGUGUUGUUUUAUUUCCAUUUCCCAUGAACUUCUUAAAGUUCCCUUGCAUCAAUUUAAUUUAAUUGAAAGGCAGGUAGAGACAGAGAGAUAUCCCUCCUGGUAGUUCAUCCCCCAGAAGCCUUCUCAGCCUGAGCUAGACCAGGCUGUAGCCAGGAGCUGGAAAUUCAGUCUGGAUCUCCUGUAUUGGUGGAAGGGACCUGACUACUUGAACCAUCACCUAAUGCCUUCCAUGGUGCACAUUAACAGGAAGCUGGAAUUAGGAGCACAAUCAGUACUCAAACCCAGGCAUUCUGAUAUGGGAUGCAGGUGUCCCAAGUAGCAUCUUAGCUACUUACACCGAAUGCCCACCCAACCUUGAUGACUUUUUAAAAAUCUCAUGUUAAAUGUAAUAAUAGUGUGUGUAUUUUUUUUUUCUGGCUGGUUUAUUUCAUUUUGCAUGAUGUCCAAGGUUCCUCAGUGCUGUAGUAUGUGACAGAUUUUCUCUUUUUAAAGGCAGGAUACCAUUAUGUUGCACAUAUAAACCAUAUGUUGUUUAUUCAUUCAUCUGUUGAUGGAUGUUUGUUUUUUUUUCCACCUCUUGGCUACUGUGAAUAAUUCUGCAAUGAAGUGCAAAUGUCUCUUCCGAGACCUUUUCAGUAAUUUUGGACAUACCCAGAAGUGGGAUUGCUGGAUAAUAUAGUCAUUCUAUUUUAAAUUUUUGAUGAUCCCACCAUGCUAAUUUCCAUGGCAGUUUCAGCAUUUUACAAACUUACCAACAGUACAUAAGCAUUUCAAUUUCUUUUUUUUUAAUUUAUUUAUCUUAAAGUCAGAAUUAACAGAUAUGCAGAGGUAGAGAGAGAGAUUGAGAGAGAGCUUCCAUCCGCUGGUUCACGCCCCAAAUGGCUGCAUCGGGUGGAGUUGUGCCAAUCUGGAGCCAGGAGCAUCCACAUGGGUCUCCCACACGGGUGAAAGGGCCCAAGUACUUGGACCAUCUUCUACAGCUUUCCCAGGUUAUAGCAGAGAGCUGGAUCAGAAGUAGAGCAGCCAGGUGUCGAGCCAGCACCCAUAGGGAUGCCGGCACUGCAGGCAACGGCUUUUCCCACUAAGCCACAGACCCCAAGCAUUCCAGUUUCUCCACAGCAUUGCUAGCACUUGCUAUAUUCUCUCUCUUUCUCUCUUUUUUUUUAAUAGUCACCACCCGAGUGGGUGUGAGAUGAUAUUUCAUUAUCUCAUUAUUUUGAUUUGCAUUUCUUGAUGAUUAGGGAUGUUGAACAUUUUUUCAUGUUUGUUGGUGAUUUGUAUAAUGUAUUUUAAGAAAUGUUUGUUCCAGUCAUUUGCCCAUUUUUCAAGUUUUAAAUUUUUUGUUGGAUUGUAAAAGUGCUAUGUUUUGCAUAUUAAUUUCUUUUUAAGUAUAUGAUUUGUUGACAUUUUCUUCCCUUUUGUAGAUUUCUUUUUAAUUAUGUUGAUUGUGUCUUUUGGUAUACAAAAAUGUUUAAAUUAGUUGUUGUCUCAUUUGUCUACUUUUGCUUUUAUUGCCUAUGCUUUCCACGUCAUAUCACAAAGAGAUCAUUGCUGAACUCUGCUUAAUUUUAAUACUCGGUGGGAAAGACUUUCAUUGCCUGAAAUACUUUGGAGAUAACAUUGGGCAGUCUUGAGGAGGUUUCAAGAAAUUGGUCCUUUUGUUUGAUAAAGAAAAACAACUACUUAUUAACAACAGCAGAUGUCAAUUCAUGCUGACAUUAUAUGCAGAAGAAUAUCUAAGACCUGUUAUUUAAUAAUUGUGUAGCCUGGGAAAGCACUUUGUAUUAACUUAUUUGAAUAGUGGGUGAAUAUGAUGCUAGAAUAAACGAAUGGAUAAGUGAACAAAUAGACUGAUGUAUCACUAUCCCCUAUGGAACACUUUAUUAAACCAUCUUGAGUAAGUGUUUAUUCUACUUCCCACAUAGGAGCUACAAGGUGACAUUGUUAGUGCUUUCCAGUUAGGUACAGUGACUUUGCAGAGUAGGACAAACUUAAAUUUCAGAUAUGGAUGUCCAAGUCUUAUAUUUUACAAAUGAGGAAACUGUAGACCAAAAAGAGAAAUAAGUUAAUUCAGUCAGUUGUUAGUGACAGAGCCAGAAUUAGAGUUGGGUUGUCCUGAUUCCAGAUUCAGUGCUUUUUAAAUUAUAUCAUGUAGUUUCUCACCAUAAAGUUUUUUAAGAUCUGAAAAUACCACUAUAAAUGUAUUCUUCCUCAAGAAAAAUUCCCCUUUAGAAUGUGUAAGCAUUUUGAUUCUUCUCUAAAAAUCCUGCUUAAAUUACUAUAUUUAGGAAAUAUUUAUGUUUCUUAAUAUGCAACUUAAGUAGCAGAAACUUCUGAUGUAUAGUUUGUUCCUGUGUGAUCAAAUAUGAUAUUGUUUAGAAGUCCAGCACCUAAGCUUCUUGAGAACAGAAUCCACUGAAUGGAACGUAGUAAGGUACUUAUGGGAAAAUAUAAAUGCUUCUUUGGAAAUCACUUUUUUAAAAAAAAUUUCUUUAUUUGAAAAGCAGAGUUAUAGAGAACGAGAGAAAUCUUCCAUCUGCUGGCUCACUCCCCAAAUCACCGACAUGAUCAGAUUGGGCCAGGAUGAAGCUAGGAGUCUGGGACUCCGUGCGAUCUCCCACAUGGGUGCAGGGGCCCAAGCACUUGGGUCAUCUGCUGCUGCUUUCCCAGAUGCAUUAGCAGGGAGCAAAAUCAGAAGCAGAGCAGCACGGACUCAAAUUGGCUUUCUGAUAUGAUACGCUGACGUUUUAAGUGGCAGCCUAACCCACUGUGCUACAACAGCAGCCCUGGAAAUCAGUUUUUAUAUUUUUAUCUACUAGACCUGUAUUACCACUAAAACUUACUCAUCUAGACAAGAUUCUUUUUUGUUUAGGAAGUCCAAUAUACACUUCAUUUGUAGUUUGAAUAGAAUCCCUCCUUUGGUCUGGGUAAGUACAGUGACCUAAACUAAAUUUUCUUUAAUCUGGAAUCACUUUACUAUCCGUGAAUCCAGAGGUAAUCAUUCAAGAACAGAUAGGAUGUCAGACCAUGGCAUUUACUAAAAGUGAUCUUUUCUCCUGGAGAUUCCUAUUCCCAAUGAAAGGCAAUUCAUCUCUCAGGAUUGCUUCCUUGGGGAGAAUGUGGUUUCCUUCUUCUGAUGAAAGAGUUAGAGGUAAGUAUAGUCAUGACCCAUGAGGGACAAAAGUGAGAGGGGCCUUUGAUUGGGUUGGGAAGAAGAAGGUUUGUAAUUCUUUCCUUACUCUUCUGUAUUUACUAAUCACAUGUGAGAUGUGUUUAUGACUCAAACCUGACAUGCUUGUCUUAGUCUUUCAUGUCAGAAAGACUGCAAUUUUUCUUUUUAUUUUUAAAUGCCUCCUACUGUACUUAGUAUUGUAAGUUAUUCCAAAACAGGGGAACAAAGAUUUCAGCAUAAAGGAACAUUCAGUAAAGUUAAGGUAACAUGGCAAAUAUGCCCAAAAACAUUAUUUCAAAAGACCAAGAGCUAUAUAAAUGCUGAUGGUUUAGUUCAUUUGUCCUACUGUUACAAAAUAUUUGAGACUGGGUAAUUAAUGAGCAAUAGAAAUUUAUUUCUCAGUGUUCUGGAAGCUGAAAUUCCAGGAUCAAGACACCAACAGGUUUGGUGUCUGAUGCGGGCCUGUUCUGCCUUGGUACUGUGUCCUGCAGGGGGAGGAGCACUGUGAUGUCACAUGACAGCAUGGACAGAAGGGCAAAAGGGCCCUGCUGGUCCCCUCCAGUGCUUUCCUCUAAGGUGCUGAUCCCAUCCAGGAAGGCAGACCCCUCAUGGCCUAAUUACCUCCUAAAAGUCCCACUUUUUAGUACAACUGCAGUGAAGAUUCAGCUUUCACAUGAAUUUUGCAGCAGACACAGUCAAACCAAAGCGGUUAAGGAACAGGUUUUUAUAGAGGAUAGUAUUCAUUAACUGAAUUUAAAAAAAUGGAAAACAAAAGCUAAGAAAUACUCUUCCCCAAUCCUUUUUACUACAUCCCCCACUCCAGUAAAAGCUGAAGUGGCUGAGCAGGGGAAGCAUGCAUAUGCUCAUUUAGUGGAUUCCAGGGAGCUGUAGUAGGCUGCAACUGAGAGAGGGGUAUGUGGUUCCCAAAGAGGUUUGGAGUUGGUUCAGGACAGAUAUCUACCCAUAGAGAGGUUCCUAUUUCCCUGUUUAGAAUAUUAGGCUCCCUUCAAAAGGUUUUGUUGCAGCAAAAGUUUCUACAGCUAACAAAAAUUUGCAUACCCUUUCUUGUCUGUGAUAUGCAUUUCCCCAGAUUGUGCUUCAAUGCACUGGGUCUUAGCAAAGUUAUAACCUACAAAAGCAACCAUACUGAGAUUCUAAUUUUAAAAAUGAUCUUUGUUAAGAGAUACAUGGUGCUAUGAGAGCUAAGCACAGGGAGAUGAACCAGGCAUUAUAGGAUUCCACGAAGAACUGAUGCCUAAUUGCUCUCUGGAUGAUGAGAAGGAGUUAACUGUGUGAAGAGCAUUUUGGCAGGGAGAAAGCAGUGUAAGCAAUGUAGAGGGACCUGGAAUAGGAAAGAGCACAGUGAGUACAGAGGGUGGGGAAAAAAGCUAGGAUGACUGUAAUGGAGAGAAGAGCCAGACGUACUCAGGAUCCUGAAAGGCACUUGAAAGAGUUUUGUCUUUGUGUUUAUCCUGAAAGAACAGUAGGAACCUAUUGACUGUGUUAUCCAAAGAGAAGGGUGUGGUGGUUUAAUAUAUGUUUCUGAAAGAUUAUUCUGGCAGACUUCUAGAAAACAGUUGGAUAUGGGUAGUAUGGACAGGUAGCUAUUAGAUUUGAUAAGAGAGGUAGCUAUUGCAUUAACCCAAGAAAAAUGAGCAUAGUUUGGAUAAGGUGGUAGUAGUUGAGAUUUCAGAGCUGCUUAGUAAGUAAACUUAGUGUGUGGUGAUUGAUUGGAUUUGGAAACUGGAUCACUGUGUACUGGGAUAGGUAAUAUUCAGAGAAGUCAGGUUUUGGGAGAUCAUGGUGUUCUGUUUUUUGCAUGUUGAAUCUGAGGUACAUUUGAGUCAUUCAAAAGGAAGCGGCAAGUACAAAGUGAAUAGACCUGUGAUUCAGAUCAGAGGGUUGGGCUGGAUUUGUAAAUUCGUAACUCAUCUGCAUGUUGGUCAUAAUUGAAGCCAAGGGCAUGUGUACGAUUCUUUUGGAAGAAAGAAUGAAAGACUGAAGACUGAGGAACUCCCACAUUUAUGGGCCAGAUAAAGAGGAAUGAGUUUGGAAUAGAGAGAAAAGAAUGACCAGACAGAAGGGAAGCAGCAUAAUAUUGUUUCAUAGAUGCUAAAGAUGGAAAUAUGUCAAGAAGGAGGAAGUAGUGAGAUGCUGCUGAGAGGUCAGUAAGCAUUUGAUAAAAUACAACACCCGUUCAUGAUGAAAACUCUAAGCAAACUGGGUUUGGAAGGAACAUUCCUCAAUACAAUCAAAGCAAUCUAUGAAAAACCCACAGCCAACAUCCUAUUGAAUGGGGAAAAGUUGGAAGCAUUUCCACUGAGAUCUGGUACCAGACAGGGAUGUCCACUCUCACCACUGCUAUUCAAUAUAGUUCUGGAGGUUCUAGCCAGAGCUAUUAGGCAAGAAAAAGAAAUUAAAGGGAUACAAAUUGGGAAGGAAGAACUCAAACUAUCCCUCUUUGCAGAUGACAUGAUUCUUUAUUUAGGGGACCCAAAGAACUCUACCAAGAGACUAUUGGAACUCAUAGAAGAGUUUGGCAAAGUAGCAGGGUAUAAAAUCAAUGCACAAAAAUCAACAGCCUUUGUAUACACAGACAAUGCCAUGGCUGAGGAAGAAAUUCUAAGAUCAAUCCCAUUCACAAUAGCUACAAAAACAAUCAAAUACCUUGGAAUAAACUUAACCAAGGACGUUAAAGAUCUCUACGAUGAAAAUUACAAAACCUUAAAGAAAGAAAUAGAAGAGGAUACCAAGAAAUGGAAAAAUCUUCCAUGCUCAUGGAUUGGAAGAAUCAAUAUCAUCAAAAUGUCCAUUCUCCCAAAAGCAAUUUAUAGAUUCAAUGCAAUACCAAUCAAGAUACCGAAGACCUUCUUCUCAGAUCUGGAAAAAUUGGUGCUGAAAUUUAUAUGGAGGCACAAGAGACCUCGAAUAGCUAAAGCAAUCUUGUACAACAAAAACAAAGCCGGAGGCAUCACAAUACCAGAUUUCAGGACAUACUACAGGGCAGUUGUAAUCAAAACAGCAUGGUACUGGUACAGAAACAGAAGGAUAGACCAAUGGAACAGAAUUGAAAUACCAGAAAUCAACCCAAACAUCUACAGCCAACUUAUAUUUGAUCAAGGAUCUAAAACUAAUUCCUUGAGCAAGGACAGUCUAUUCAAUAAAUGGUGCUGGGAAAAUUGGAUUUCCACGUGCAGAAUCAUGAAGCAAGACCCCUACCUUACACCUUACACAAAAAUCCACUCAACAUGGAUUAAAGACCUAAAUCUACGACCUGACACCAUCAAGUUACUAGAGAACAUUGGAGAAACCCUUCAAGAUAUUGGCACAGGCAAAGAGUUUCUGGAAAAGACCCGGGAGGCACAGGCAGUCAAAGCCAAAAUUAACUAUUGGGAUUGCAUCAAAUUGAGAAGUUUUUUUUUUUUUUUUUACAGAGGAUCAGUUUAGUAUGCAUUAAGUAAAGAUUUCAACAGUUUGCACCCCCAUAGAAACACAAAGUGAAAUAUAUUGUUUGAGUACUCGUUAUAGCAUUAAAUCUCAAUGCACAGCACAUUAAGGACAGAGAUCCUACAUGAGGAGUAAGUGCACAGUGACUCCUGUUGUUGACUUUACCAAUUGACACUCCUGUCUAUGGCAUCAGUAAUCUCCCUAUGCUCCAGUCAUGAGUUUCCAAGGCUAUGGAAGCCCCUUGAGUUCUCCGAUUCUUAUCUUGUUUAGACAAGGUCAUAGUCAAAGUGGAGGUUCUCUCCUCCCUUCAGAGAAAGGUACCUUCUUCUUUGAAGACCUGUUCUUUCCACUGAGAUCUCACUCACAGAGAUCUUUUGCCAGAGUGUCUUGGCUUUCCAUGCCUGAAAUACUCUCAUGGGCUUUUCAGCCAGAUCGGAAUGCCUUUAGGGCUGAUUCUGAGGCCAGAGUGCUAUUUAGGACAUCUGCCAUUCUAUGAGUCUGCUGAGUAUCUCACUUCCCAUGUUGGAUGACUCUCCCCUUUAUUUAUUCUAUCGGUUAGUGUUAGCAGGUACUAGACUUGUUUAUGUGCUCCCUUUGACUCUUAGUCCUUUCAUUAUGAUCAAUUGUGAACUGAAAUUGAUCACUUGGAAUAGUGAGAUGGCAUUGGUACAUGCCACCUUGAUGGGAUUAAAUUGGAGUCCCCUGGUAUGUUUCUAACUCUACCAUUUGGGGCAAGUCAGCUUGAGCAUGUCCCAAAUUAUAUAUCUCUUCCCUCUCUUAUUCCUACUCUUAUGUUUAACAGGGAUCACAUUUCAGUUAAAUUUCAACACUUAAGAAUAACUGUGUAUUAAUUACAGAGUUAAACCAGUCAUAUUAAGUAGAACAGACAAAAAAAAAGAUUUCUUUAGAAAAUUUAAGUCUACAUAAAUUAAUUUUGGCUGGAUGUGCUGUUCUCUAUUUUGCUUUUUAAAAGCUUAUCAAAAUUUGUUGACUGUUUCCAGAUCAAUUCAGAUAUCAACAAUCAUCAUUUUAGGUCUUUAUUUUUAGGGUUUUAGUAUUCUAAAGCAAUGACUUAGUUUUGCUAACUUCUGAAACUCAAUGUUGUAAGUAGUUGGGAAACAGAAUUGAAGGAGAUACUUGGAUUCUUAAUAAGAGAUGAACUCAAAUAUCAAAAUGCAAUUUUUCUGGUUUCACUGGAAAACAUGUUUAUUUUCCCAAUUGGAGCAAGUUUAUAUUUUGAAUGUUUUUUAUCAAAAACUAAACCAAAAAUAUUUUAGUGGUCUUGGGAGGUUUUAAUGAUAUUCUUCUUAGGUUCCAAAAGCUUCUACUUAAGAUUUGAUGCAACCUUGGAAGAAUUUAAUCAAAUGUUUCCCUCUUUGAUUCAAGAUGCUCUUCUACAGGAUGCUUUUGACUCCACAAGAUCUGUGAAUAAAACAUUGUAGCAUAUUUGCCAGUUUCUAUAAUUAGAUGUCUUUAGAGGUCAGAUAAUGGGUAAAUGAUAGAUAAUUAAUUUAGGAGAUUAUCAGGAAAGUAGAAUCCAAGCUUGUAGAGAUGUAUUUUUCUCUAUACCAGUUAACUUGGAAAUAGAUUCUCUUACCCUUGCUGAAAUGAUUGCAGCCAACCUUUUUUAAAAAAGUAUAAUUUAAUUUAUUUCUUUCAUUUAUAAUCCCAUAACGAGGGUUCAUAAGCAAACUUUUUAGUCAAGAUAAUUUGUUGCAGAAACAAUAGAUUUCAAAGCAUCUAGUAUAUUCUCACUUAUAUAGCUUUUUAAGAAAUUCUGUAGCAUAUAUUUUAAAACAAAACUGUUAAACAGAUGUACUUUAAAAGAUAACUGCUAAUGAUUUGAUUUAUUUAAGAACACAAAUACUAUGAUUAAAAUAUUUAUUUUAAAAUGCCUAAUUUUUGGUCAUAUGACUUCAGAUGUCAAAAAUAGAAAUGUCCUACUAAAAUACAUCAUUUUACUUAUGUAUAACUCUUUGAAGUUAAAGCAGUCUGCAAUGUAAACAGUAUAAGAAAGUAUGCCAAACUGUAUUUUUGUGUUCAUUUAAAUAUGUAGGAUAUGUACUGUCUCAAGCGUGUGGGUUAAAACCAGGGCACUUUCAACACAUAGCUCAUGCUUCUGUGUGAUUAUUUUUAACAGCAAACUAAGACCAACUCUGCCUGAGUUACAUUGACAUGUGAAGUCACUAAAGAUGUGAUGUUUUAAACAUGUGGAUGUCUUCUAAAGUCAAGGACUUUUGCACUGGGAGCGUGACACAGGCACUUGGGUUCUUGUCUGUCCUCAUGGAACGACAAUGUUCCAGGUCGUUAGGAUUUGUCUUCUGAUGGGUCAGAGAAAGCCACUUGUGAUGUAGGGUUACACAAUUCAGUCACCAAAGGCUUAGAUACCAAUGCUGUCCAGGCCUAAUGCAUCUGAAUUGAAUUACUCCCUUGCCAGCGGCCCUCUUGUGAAGGCAAGGUAUACAGAUCGCCAAGAGAAGGGAAUCUGAAGAUGGGCUUCAGAAGAGGUGUACAGAGCAGACAAGGAUCGCGCGGAUGACGACGGGAUUCUGUGAGGGCAGAGGAGAGGGGGUGCGAAUGUUGCACACUCCCUUCUGAAGCCAUGGCUGAGAGAACUCUGAUAGUUCAUAUCCCUCUUUUCUACUAAGACCAACACAGUUUUCACUCUCAAUUUUAGGGUUGUUAUUACCAGCCAGUUUUAAUUAGAAGAAGAAGAAAACCUAUUUGUUAUACCGGGUUGAAGAAAUCAGAGAAAACAUCUCAAACACCUCCAAACACAACAACUGUAAAAAUAAAACAUUUAUCAAUAAGUAAAGCUACUUUAUCCAUACGGAUAAUAUCACUAUCCGUAAUGCCAACACAUUUGCUGAUAUAUUUAAAAAUUUUUCAUGCAAAAAAUAAAAAAAAUCCAGAGCUAUGAAAAAAAAAGAUGAAAGAAAACAUCUUAAACUUUUGAAUUGAGUCUUUUGCAUCCUAAACACUUAAUAUCCACAUUGGCAAAGCUCUUAAGCUGUGGGACAGAGUGGGUAAUUCCGAUUAAUGAAAGUGUCAGCUGAGUCGGCCCUGAUGGGAGAGGGAACCUAGUGAUGCCAAGUGUGAAGCUGAUUUAUGAGACUGCUCUUAGACUGGACCUAAUUUAUUAUGUCCCAACUCAUACUUAGGCUUCCACUUACUCAAGAGAGUGAUUGAAGGAUUGGAAGCACAUUUCCCAGCCUCCUUUCCAACUGAUUUCCUUUGGUAAGGCAUUGCAGUGAAAAUAUGAGGCAGGAGACCUCUUUGAAAACUUUUCCUAGAUGGUUAUAGUUAUUAAUAUGCUAACAGAUCUUAUAUGUAUAUUAUAUAUGUGUAUUGUUAGAAAUAAGUUCAAAAUGGGACUGUUUUUACUGGUUUAUCAAAAAUGAUAAUUUAAAAAUAGAAUUGUAGCCUGCAAACAAUGAUUUUUACUCAAGGGUACAUGGAUCUUAAAAACAUCAACUAAAUGAGAGACAAAAAAGGCCACAGAGUUCACUUUCAUUCAUGUGGAAGGGGGGCGGGAGGGGAUUUGGAAGUGAGGUAGCUGGUGCCGCGGCUCACUAGGCUAAUCCUCUGCCUGUGGCACCGGCACACCAGGUUCUAGUUCUGGUCGGGGCGUCGGAUUCUGUCCUGGUUGCUCCUCUUCCAGUCCAGCUCUCUGCUGUGUCCUGGGAGUGCAGUGGAGGAUGGCCCAAGUCCAAGGGCCCUGCACCCACAUGGGAGACCAGGAGAAGCACUUGCUUCCUGGCUUCGGAUCAGCGCGGUGCGCUGGCUGCAGUGGCCAUUGGAGGGUAAAGGAAGACCUUUCUCUCUGUCUCUCUCUCUCUCCCUCUCUCUCUCUCUCUCACGGUCCACUCUGCCUUACCAAAAAAAAAAAAAAAAAAAAAAGUGAGGUGAUUUGAGAAACCUCUAACGUUAGAUGCAGAAUUUUCUCUGUAGAGAUGAACAUUCUUGUGGAGAGAGUCCAUAGUUUUAAUCAAAUUGCUAUAGAGACCUAUGACCUUCAAAUGGUUAAGAAAUCACUACCUUUCGAAAGCCUUUUGUCUUUCCCCUCUUUUUAAAAAAACGUGAAUUUAAAGGAUUUCUUCAACAUAAGGGUUUGUGUCCUCUGCUUGUAAUUUAAGAAUGUUUGUUAAAUAUAAUUUUUAAAAAUUAUAAAACCUGGGGCCAGAGCUAUGGCGUAGUGGUAAAGCUGCCGCCUGCAGUGCUGCAUCCUGUAUGGUCACCAGAUCGAGUCCCGGCUGCUCCACUUCCAAUCCAGCUCUGUGCUAUGGCCUGGGAAAGCAGUGGAAGGUGGCCCAAGUCCUUGGGUCUCUGUACCCACGUGGGAGACCUGGAAGAAGCUCCUGGCUCCUGGCUUCUGGCUUUGGAUCAGCCUAGCUCCGGCUGUUGUGGCCAUCUGGGGAGUGAGCCUGCAGAUGGAAGACCUCUCUCUCUUUCUCUGCCUCUCCUCUCUCUGUAACUCUGCCUUCCAAAUAAAUUAAGAGAUUAUAAAACCCUUAUAGCUUAUUGAUCUGUAAUAGUGUUUUUAGGUAAGUUUUUUUACUGAUUUAUUUUUACACUGAUGCCUUCAGUACAUCUUGAUGUUAUUUUUGGAUAUGGAAUAAUGUAGGCUUUUGAAUUUAUUUUCAUCCAGUUACUUGAACUCAUAGUGUUAAUAAAUGAUCCAUGCCUCCCCCUUCAAAUUGGGAUUUAAUAUAUAAUGAGUAAAUACUGUAGUAAUAUGUUUUGCAAAUUUAAGUGUCAUUUUUGGAUUUUCUAUUUUGUUCCAUGGGUCUGUUUAUCAGUUCUGUGUCAACACAUAUUGGUUUGAUUGUACGAGUUUUAUUAUAUAUUUUAAUAUAUGAAAAGCCAGUCUGCCUGUGAACUUUCUAUUGUUUCAUCGCCAUUUUCUAGCAUUUAUUCUUGUAUAUAUUAUUAUGUAUCCAAUUUUGAUAAAAACAAACCCCUUGGGAUUGAAAUUUCAUUAAAACAUGAAUUUUGGGACACUUGAUGUUUUUAUUACAUUGAAUAUAUCUUUCCAUUUGUUUAUAGUUUGUAAUGUGGGAGGCCUUCAGAAAGUUCACAGAAUAUGUGUAUUUGGAAAAAAAUCUACUUGGAGCCAGGGUUGUGGUGCAGUGGGUUAAGCUGCCAUUUGCAAUGCUGGUAUCUUAUAUUAGAGUGCCAGUUUGAGUUCCUGCUACUCUAUUUCUCAUCUAGCUCCCUGCUAAUGUGCUCAGGAAGACAGUGGAGGUCAGUCCAAGUACUUGGAUCUCUGCUACCCUGUGGGAGACUUGGAAGAAACUCCUGGCUCUUGGCUUCAGCCUGGCCUAGCCCUGGCCAUUGCAGCAUUGCAGUCAUCUAGGGAGUGAACCAGUAGAUGGAAGAUUCUGUUUCUUUGUUUCUCCCUCUUCCUCCUCCUCCUCUCUCUCUCAACUCUUUCAAGUAAAUAAACAAAUUUAAAAAAAUUACUUAUGAGUUGCAAACUCUUUUGUACCACAAUAAUCUUUUAAUCCCAUUUCCGUGAACUUACUUGACAUAGACUCAUAUAGCUUAUUUUCUGUUGCUCUUUUGUCGUUUUCGAUAAAUUUAUUUCUAAGUGUUUUAGAGUCCUGGUUCCAAUUGUGAAAAUCCAUUAGGAUUUCAAGACUCCCCUUUCACCCCCAUCCCGGCUGUGGCUCCUAGAGUCCAUUACAUGCGUGUUGCAUAAUUAUGCUGGUUACAUUCUCUUAACUUCUGUUACUCAAGGACUCUCUGGGGCAGCCUUGUGGCAAAGUGGAUUAAGCCACUGCUUAUGAUGCUGGCAUUCCAAAUUGGUGUGCCAGUUCAAGUCUGGCUACUCCAUUUUUGAUCCAGCUUCCUGUCAGUGUUCCCUCGGAAGGCAGUAAAAGAUGGCUAAUGUACUGGGAACCCUACCACCCUGUGGGAGACCAGCAUGGAGUUCCUCACUCCUGGCUUCAGCCUAGCUCAGACUUGGCUGUUGCUGCCAUUUGGAAAAUAAACCAGCAGACAGAAAAUCCCUCUCUCUCUCUGUCACUCCUGCUCUGUGUCACUCCUUCACUCUGCCUUUCAUGUACCUUUCAAGUAAGUAAAUAAGUUCUUUAAGGAAAAAAAAUAAAGAAUCUCAAGUUUUCUAGGUGAAACAAUUCUCCCAAGGGGGGUAAAGGGUUAAUUUUAAUUUUGCCUUUAUUGGAAACUAUUAAUAAUAAUGAUAGGGAAUAGUCCCAUCUAGUUGCUGAUUUCAGUUGUAACAAUUGUGUGUUCUGCCAUUUAUAAUUCGCUUGUGAAUAUUACUUAAAAACUGACCAGAAGAGACCUAAUAAUUUGGAAAAGCCACUGGUGUCAUCCCUGGAAUGGUAUGAAGGGGCACCUCUAUUGAAACUCAACAAAGACUUGAAAAUAAGAUAAGAAAAGAAGCAAUUUUCAGAAAACAAAUCCAAGCAUCCAACACCUAUAUGAAAAGAAACUUCAGUUCAUCAGAAUUAGGAAAGUUUAAAUCAAAUGUGUAAUUUUACUUCCAUCAAACUUCAGAAAUUCAAACUGUUAGUUUGUUGGUGGUGAAAAUAUGAUAUGAAGAAUACGCUUGUGAUUGGUUGUGGGAAUGUGAAUUGGCACAGAUUUUCUGGAAACAGCUAUUAAAAUUGAGAGCGCCUACAUCCUUCACCUUGAUAAUAGCACUCCUUAAACUUUACACCAUACAAAUGUAAGUAUCAUAAUGUAAAGAUAUAUAAGCAAGGGCUUUAUUGUAACCUUGUUCAUGACAGGGAAAAAAACUUGGGGAGAAAAGACACCCAGGGUGUAAUAUUUUGGGUACACACACCAUGGACUGUUGGUAGCCAGUAGAGCGUAAAAUAUUAGUGCCAGAGCAAUUGAGUUGAGGGCAGAGGCAGGCUCGUAGUUUAAGGAAGUUAGUGAUAGUGUGAGAAGUAGAGAGAACUGAGGGAAGCUGACAAAGGGACAAAUAUGGGAUUUGGCAAAGAUUUCUUAAAUAGCACAUUAGAAGUCCUAAGCUUAAAGAAAAAUGUGCUUUUCAUAGGACCAGCAAUUGUACUUUGGGACAUUUAUCCUGGAGAAAUGAUGGCUUACAGGUCUCUUAGGCAGAAAUUGGAUCCCUAAGUUCCAUCUCUCAGAGUCCUUUAAUUAAAAGCUAAUUAAAGAACAUUUUUGACAUUUGUAAUUUAAAGGUGUCAAAUUUUUCAUCUGUAAUUCUUAAGAAAAAUUUUUCACAUGGGUACUGUUCAUUACCUAAUGAACAUUAUUUUGAAAUUUUAUAAGCAGUAGCUACUAUGUGCAUUUUGUCAAGAUCUGUUUUUAUGAAUUACUAUUAUAAUAUUUGGGUAUCAUGGAAUUAAUAUGGCUUAUGAAAUGUUUAGAAUACAUUUGGUUGUUUCAGAAUUUUCUUAAGAGUGGUUUGUAAGAAUUUUAAACAUUUUGGUUGCACAAAUUAUUUAUGAAAUGUAUGUUUAUAAUGAUUCUGGCACUAAGUUUAUUCUAAGUUAAAUAAACUAAAACUAAGUUAAUAAGUUUAUUAUUAAAUGUAUGUUUAUAAUGAUUUCUGGCACUAAUGCUUAUUUGUCCAUUUUGAUAUUUUGAGAACUAAAAUCAAUAGGUUUAUCAUUGUUUUAGCUUUGAGGUUGAAUUUCUAGAAUCUAUAGGUAUUAAUGACAUUUUUCAACAUUUUGAAUAGGCUGUUUGCUUUCUUGAAUUUUCCCACAUCUGAAAGCUUUAAAUCAUCUGCUAAAAUAUGAGAAACAUACAAUUUUACUUAAAUAUUUCCAUCAUGAGUUCUCUUACACCAUAUCAGUUUUCCUUCUUUAUGUGGUAUGUUGAACUCCUUUUAAAUUUUAUAAUCGUGGGUAGAGUUGUCAUAUCAUCCCUUUUUCAUUUUAAUUUGUAUUGCAUUAUAUGACUUCCAUGUUUGCUAUAGAACUGUACUACCUUUCUCAAGUUCUUGUCUUAAUAUUGAUUGGUUUGAUUCAUUCUCAAUUUCACCAUUUUUGUUAGAAGUGGAUAGAAAGUGACCUUUCCCCCCUUCUCGUUGCCUCUAUCAAAAUAGACCAGAGCUGCUUCUCUAGGGAAUUUCGUCAAAGCAAAAGUUUAGAAAUAAGGAUAGUGUGUCCUCCACUUGCAUUUUGGCUCUUGAUUAAGGUCACCAGGAUGACAGUUCUAGUCUCUAAGGAAAGCUUUUCCCUUCCUGUACUUUAAAAAUCACGGAAAUAGGUUUCAGCUGAUGUUUAGUUAGUUGUUUCCUUUGAAGUGUCUUUCUUGUUGAUUUGUAGUGGAAGAGUACUGAUUUAGGACAUAAAGUUUAUAAUGCUUUGGCAAGAAAUAUUAGAAAUAAUCCUUUUUUAAACAAAACAUUUAUUUAGUUAUUUGAAAGGCAGAGAGGGGAAAAGAGAGAGAGUUCUUUGAUUCAUUGGUUCAAUCCCCCACAGCCUCAACAGCUGGGUGUGGUCAGGUCAAAGCCAGGAGCCAGGAGCUCCAUCCUGGUCUCCUGCAUGGUAGCAGUAGCCCAAGCUCUCAGGCCGUCUUCCCCUGCUUUCCAAGGUGCAUUAGCAGGAGUGCUGGGUUGGAAAUGUAGCAGCCCGGACUGAAACUGCCACUCCAAUAUGGGAUGCCAGUGUCUCUAGCAUCAGCUUAAGCUACUGAGCCACAAUGCUGGCCUCUGCCUUGUGUUUCUUAAAAUGCUUAUAUUAUUAAUGGCAUUUGCAUUGAUAUUUGAACUCUGGGCAGAUGGUUGCAAGUGACACUUCUGCUUGUCAACACGCGUUCUAAAUUCAUAAUGACCAUAGUGAUUAUUUUAGUAUCUACCAAAUUUUAAGCAUGCCAAAUUGUUUCUCCCUCUUACCUUCUGCUUUCUCUUUUUUAUGUUUUUUUUUUUUUUCUUCCUGAAUUGAAAAAGAAAAGGGAAAACAUUAUCUGAAGUUUACUGGGAAGUGUACCUAGAGUUCUUCCUUUCCUCAACAAAUAUUUUCAUUUUUUUGUAUUAUUUUCUGUUUUUGUCCACAUGUAGGAAUGUUCUAUGUGAUUAAAAUAUUUUAUAUGAUUGAAAUUAUAGAGAAACAUAAAUUUUACCAUUAAAAACAUCCUUUAAGAAAAAAUACAUUGUGGGAAUUAAAAGUUGAGGAUGAAUGUUAGGAAUUUGAGCCAUAUUUGACUCAGCUGCAUUGUAUAAUUUCAAAAAUAAAAUUGUUCACAUUAUUUUAGAAUGAAGUAUUGUGUGAUAUCUAAAAUUACCAUAUUGCUUAUCUUUUAUAUUUUCAGUCUUUCUGGAUGGAGUUAGUUUAAUAAUAUGUAGUCUAUUUUGUCUUAUUUAUAGGAUAUUAGAAAGAAUAGGAUUUAGAUGGAAAGGGUCAUACUUGACUUUCUUUUCUAUCAUUCAUUGGUUUUGUGACUGGGAAAAUAUUCUUUACCUAUGAGUUUCAGUAGGGACAAAAAUUGUUAAAUGAUGGAUAUUUUAAGGAUUAAAUUGAAAAUGUUGAUGUUGGAGUCUUAUACCAUGCAAGAGUUUAUAAUUACAUAGAGACAUGAGUAACAUGUGUAACUAGCUGAAUCUUUCCUUUGUGACUAUAGUCAUUAUUUGUGGGAUAGUGCCUAUGUUGUGUAAAUUUUGAUGGUUUGCUUCAUCGGAAAAGUUGUGUGUGCACUCCAGAGUCAUAUGAGAGAACCAGGAUCCAGAGUGCACAUCCAAGAUCACUAACUGGGUAGUAAGAAGGCAGUGUUAAUGUGUUCUAAUUUCCAUUUGAGUGUCUGUUUUCAUAGAUUACACCAUGGCCAUUUAGCAGCACGUUGAAACUUUAGGAAGAACUUCAACAUUUUUUUGCACCAAAAAUCACAUCAACAUAAUAACAUCGUUUAUGAUUAUAAAAAUAGUACUAAGAAAACUUUAGAAGAAUAAAACAUGUUAUUUUCCUGUAAUGGAAAUUAUGAUUUAUAUAUAUUAUAUUGCUUCCUAAAAUCUUUUCUCACCAUAUAACCAUUUUCUCUUACCAUAACAAAUGGAUAUUUUUCCAUGCCUGUUUUAUUGCCUUUGUUACUCAAGUUUUGGAGUAUGAACAUAAUAAAGUAGUAUCUUAGAAUAAAAUAAGUUAUUAUAAAAAGAUAAAAAUACUCUUAUAUGUGUAUUUUGUAAGCUGAAGAGUUAACUUGGAGAAGAAAUAGAUAUUAGCAGAUUUGGUUACUUAGGUCCUGUUUCUGAUUUGCUUAAGGAGGAUAUGUGUAGUACCCUCAAUGAUCAGGGUGGGAUGGUGGGGAGAGCCAGGAUUUGGAUUCUGGCUGUGCUGACAGAAUCCCAGUCCUGUCACCUAUUGUGUAAUGUUGGAAAAUCAUUCAAUGUCUCUGACUUUUGGUUUUCUGUCUUUUAAAAUGGGAUAAGAACAGAGCAUUUGUUCUAGAGGUUGACACUGGUUAGGAUACUCCUUUCCCAUAUCUGAGUAUUUAGGUUCAAUUUCCUGUUCUGGCUCCUGAUUCCUGCUAAUGUGGACUGUGGAGGCGAUGGUGAUGGCUUAAGUAGUUGAGAUUUUGGUGGCCUAGAUUGUGUUCCCAGCUCCCAGCACAGCAUUGGCCAUUGUAAGCAUUUGAGGAGUGAACCAGUGGAACCCCUGCCCCCGCCAACCUCACUGCCUCACUUCCUUUCUGUAUCCCUCCCUCUCAAAUAAAUAAAAAUUUUUUCCAAAAUUGGAAUGAACUGUGCCUGCCAUUCAGGGCUGCUAUAGGAUUAGAGACAAGUAUACUGAAGGUGCCUGACUGACUGGGUGUGUUAGGCACAGGAUAAUUGAUGAUCAGAAGAAACAGAAGGGGACAGUCAUUGUGGCAGAAUACCUUAGACCAAAGCUUAGGAUGCCCAUAUGCUGUAUCUGAAUGCUAAGUCUCUGCUGCUCUGCUUCCUAUCCAGCUUCCUACUAAUGUGUCUGCAAGGCAGUGGAUGAUGACCCAGGUGCUUGGGAGCUUGCCACUCUUGUGGGAGACCUGGAUGAAAUUCUAAACUCUUGGCUUCAAUACGGCCCCGCCCUGGCCUGUUGUAAGCCUUUGGGGAGUGAACCAAAGGAUGAGAGAUCUUUGUCUCUGUUUCUUCUUCUCUCUCUUUAAUUCUGCCUUUCAAAUAAUAAAUAAUUCUUUAAAAAAGGGAGAGAGAAAGAUGGAGAGAUUCAUGGGUGAACUCCCAAGGAACUUUCCAAUCCAAGUGGUGUUGAGUAGGCUGUGCUGGAAGAGAUCCAGUUCAUAAAAAGCAAAAUCCUUUUCACCACACUUUAACAACAAUUGAGACUAAAAAUAACUUUUAUGAGCUCUGUGGUGGGUGGUGGGGGUUAAAGGUAUAAUUUCUGAAAAUUUAAAUUGUUUCCUGAGCACACAAGUAGAAGUGACAAAAGCAUAUGCUUUUGUGUUUAAAUCAUAAAUUGUAUCUUUUGUUAUUUUAAUUGUAUAUAUUCAUGAGGUACUUUGUGAUAAUGUGAUACGUGUAUUCAAUAUGUGAAGAUCAAAUCAGAUGUGUUAGCAUUUCCAUUUCAUUGAACUUUUUUUUAAAGUUUCUGAAUUAACAAUAACUGUAUAUGGGGCAUAGUGUCAUAUUUCAAUAAACAUCCACUGUAUGUGUUGAUCAGAUCAAGGUAAUUAACAUUUCUCUCUCUUUGUCAUUGCAUUUCAUUUGCAGCUUUCGAGCUUGUGUUUUCAGUUUGUACAUAGAAUAUAUAGAAGUUAAUUAGGAACUAUGGUCACUCCACUGUUCCAUGGAGCAAUAGAAGUUAUUCUGUGUUUCCCAACCUGCGUUUAUUCAACCUCCCUCUGUCCCCUUGCAUUUCUUUUAGCCAGUGUUUGGUUAAUACUUGAGUGUGCCCAUGGAAAAGCAUAUUGAGACAUCUUUCUUUGAUUUUCAACAAGGCUGCAAAGUUAGAGAAUCCACUUAUGUGUGAUCUAGGAAAAAUUACAGAUGUAGCCACCCCCAACUUAGAAUACCAGUAGUACAGGUGUUAUAAAAGAUACAAGUAUGGUGUUGAGCAAAUAAUUUGUUCUUAUAAGAGAAACAGGAUGCUAUAAGUAAAGAAAUGGUAUUUAAAUAGGUUUUUCAGGGUCAAUAGAGGUUCACUAGGAAGGAUAAUAGCCGUUCAGGUUUAGAAAAUGGUAUAUGCAAGACACAGAGUGUGUAGGGAUAUGCUGUUUCAAGGAUGGGAACUAACUGUGCGUUGUGGAGGGCAGAAGGAAAGGGGGUGGAGAGUGAGCUUGGAGCCCCUGCACUUGUACUAAGUUUGACUUUUUGAAAGACAGCAGCAUUUGCAUUUGCAUUCCAGAGAAAUGUUAAGAAUGUUAUACAAUGAGCAAAAGUAGAAAGAAUAGCAGAGUCUGUCAAUAUAAAAUAUUAAUUUUUAGAACACAGAAAAGACACUCAAAUAUGUCCUUGCUGAAAUCAGACCACUUUUAGGAAAGCAAGCCAUGUCCUAUUUCAGGCCAGCUAGUUGGCAAAUGAUUCAAAGGGGAGUUAACUCUGCCACCCACAUUAGAAGUAUAUCAGCAUAAGCAGCCUGAUUGAUGAUCCAGCUAAACUCUUUGCUAUGACUCAUCACAUAAAGUGUUAAAAUCCAUUAUGCUUACAGCCACUGAUUUUCUCUCUUGAAGCUUCUGGUUUUUGCCACUUUCUGUAGCUUUGCAAAGAGGUGUAUAGAAAUAGCAGUGUAUAUAAAUACACAUAUAUCCUAUAUACAUAUAAUAUAUACACAUUUAUAAUAUCCUACAUACAUAUAAUACAUACACAUAUAAUAUACAUUGAAUGUAUCUAUAUAUCUUUAGAAAUUAAGAUAGUGGUGGGAGAUCAGAGUGGAAACACUUAAGUAAAGAGCAGAGUUCAGGCCGGCGCUGUGGCUUAAUAGGCUAAUCCUACGCCUGCGGCGCCGGCACCCUGGGUUCUAGUCCCAGUAGGGGCGCCAGGUUCUGUCCCGGUUGCUCCUCUUCCUGUCCAGCUCUCUGCUGUGGCCCGGGAGUGCAGUGGAGGAUGGCCCAAGUCCUUGGGCCCUGCACUUGCAUGGGAGACCAGGAGAAGCACCUGGCUCCUGGCUUCAGAUCAGCGCGGUGCACCAGCCGCAGCGGCCAUUGGAGGGUGAACCAACUGUAAAGGAAGACCUUUCUCUCUGUCUCUCUCAUUGUCCACUCUGCCUGUCAAAAAUAAAAUAAAAAAAGAGCAGAGUUCAAAAAAGAAGACUUGUGCUAUUCUUAAUAUGUUUUUUCCUCAUCAUCAUUUUCUGGAUUUUCCCUUUACUGUAAGCACAAGAUGAGGAGUCAGGAAACCAGAAUUCUAGACCCAACCUUAUCACUUGUUACACAUCUGCCUCCUCUUAGACAAGUGCCUUGACUUUUCUAGCACUCAGUUUUCCUGAUCACCCAAAUGAAAGAGUUUUCAGAUAGGUUCCACAGGAUACAGCAGAGCUGCUUCAGGGGCUACUCUGGUGGAUGAAAUGAGGCUCCUGCCAACCUUCUCCUUCAAAUACAAAUUCCAUUUGUAUUAUAACUUGGGACGGUGACAAGAUUUUUUAACGUGAGGAUUCGUUCAUCUUUCUAAAAAUUUAAACUGCAUUAAACUGGAAAUUCCAUAAGAACUGUCUAGCUCUGAAUCAGUUUCCACAUCUGUAGAAUGGGGGCAACAAUAGUGACAUUUCAUGUAGAGCAGGGAUAGGAUGUGGAAGGCGUUUGACAGGCAGUUAGUGCAUGCCAUAUCCCUCCAGCAGGUCCCACACAAAUAAGGCCUCAUUUCCUAUGACUCUUAUGCUGUGAGAGUAUAAUGAUAGCCUGAGAAAUGCUCAAUCCAUUUGUGUUAUAUCAAUGACUCUAUAAAAACGUCUUAGACAUUUACUCUAUAAAUUUUUAAGAUAAUUUAUUUAUACUUUUACACUGAUUUUUGUCUCGCAUAACUGCAGCUUUUCAUCUGUAUCAAAUUUUAAAAAUAAUUCUGAUGAUGCGUCAAUGAAACGUAACA